CCCAGCUCCACCAAAACCAAGCGAAGAAGGGUUUUUGAAAGGUCUCUGUAACUGGAAGCUCGACGAUAGAAAACUGAAGUAAAAGAAGACAUCUCAAUGGCUGAAGAAGAACAAGAAGAAACCAAGAAAGGGGAAAGAGAAUCAAGAUCAGAAAAUCAAAAUGAAAAAGAAGCAGCAGCAGAAAGAGAAGAGCUUAAAGACCAAGAGAAGGACAGCGAAACAAAAACAAUGAAGCCAUGGGAACAACAUGCAGCAGUCAUAAACUUAGCUCGUUUUGAUUACAAUGCACCUUCUGCUUUUCUUAAUCGCUCUCACUCUGGCUUUCUUGUCACCUGCUCUAUCAAGAGGGAAAAAAGUGCCACUAAAGAAGUAAUGUCUAUCCUUGAAAAGUAUAUUGCGUCCCAUAACUGUGGGACCCCUGAAUGUUUGGAAAGCUGUAGUGCCAGCCAAAGCACUAAGAGAAGGAAAAUAUCAAUUGAUCAAAUAGGUGGGACAUGUGCUGAAGGCAAGAAAGGCAAGAGCAUUAAUGAUGGUAAAGAUGGGCUUGCAAAAGAGACAGAUUCAAUGGAAGAAAGAAGUUUUGCACUUUCUCUGGUCAAGUUGACAAGGAGCGGUUUGCUCCUUCUGACCUUUGUUGGAGAAAAUUCCCCCAGCACUGUGGACAUUUUAUCAAAUAUUUUUCAGCGUCUCAAUUCUGGGAGUUUAAAGUCACCUCUGUGGUGUCAUCGCAUUCUCCCUAUCCAAGCUACUUGUCAUCUAGAUGAAAAGGAACUGCGAGUAGUCGUAUCAAAGCUUGUUCUUCAAUUCAUGAAUGACAAAGCAAACAACCUGGCACGACCUGUGAAGUUUGCAGUUGGGUACAACAGAAGAGGUAUUGAAGAGACAACAGCAAAAGCUGUAAAAGAUACAUCAAAAGAUUCAAAUUUGUGUUCUUUGUUGGACCGGAACAAAUGCUUUGAGGUUGUGGCAUCUGCAGUUAAAGAUGUUGUAGCAGAUUCAUAUGUUGAUCUCAAAUCUCCAGAGCUUUCCAUUCUUGUUGAGUUGCUGCCUCUUUCUGGAGUGCCCAACGGGUCAUUAUUCGCAGCCGUCACUGUUCUUCCUCAAAACCUCAUUAGUGUAAAGCCAAGACUCUGCAUUAAGCCAUUGGUUUCUGAUGCCAAUGCAAAGAAUGGAAAGAGUUGAAGUUAAACAAAAAGUAGCAGGAACUUUCGUGUCGAUCAAUAGUCAGCAGAUAAAGACUCAAAAACACACACGAUCACCUUUUAUUCUCUGCUCUUGUUGACAUCUAACUAUUAUUUUCUGCAGGAAUUCCUAUUCCUUGGCCUUUGGUAAUUAAAUCUCGUUUUUCUAAUUAUUUUGUUAUUUGGAUAUAUGAGGUACCUGGGAGUGGGACCAAGGCUUUUGGAGUUGAAUUCCCAUUCCCAACAUUUAACAAAGAAUUUACCAUUUGCCAUAAUUCAAUGAACUGGAUUGCUAAAA